AUGGAGACUAGUGAUGUACCUGUGGGUGUAGCUGAUGUGUCAAUCACAGAUAGCAAGCCCAACCCACCUGCACCCACAAACACUGCCAGUAUGUUACCACCAUGUAGAGUGUGUGGAGAAAAGGCUUCAGGAUUCCAUUAUGGUGCCAAUACUUGUGAAGCUUGUAAGGGAUUUUUCCGACGUAGUUUAAAGAAAAAGGGAGAAUAUAAAUGUGUGAAUAAUAAAGAUUGUAAUAUUGGACCAGGGAAAAGAAAUGGUUGCCCGAAAUGUAGAUAUAAGAUAUGUUUGGAUAUUGGUAUGAGUAAAGAAGGCAAGUAUAAUGAUAGUAUAUGA